AUGUUGAAACCGUUCCAGAUUAGAGAUCUUCAUCGAUCUUCAUCCCAAGAUGAUCUCUCUGGAUCUCUUAAUCUUAAUCCUACGUCUGUAGAAGACCGUCUGACUCGGCCUCAGGGCAUUGUCCGGCUGUCUGCUACAGAGUAUGAUGAAUUAGCGAUAAAUCAUCCAAGAGCCCGUCUUACAUACAUCGAUAAUGACGAUGAUGAUGAGCUCAUCACGGUUGGGUCCUCUCUGGAGCUCUCCCAGCGUCUGGAAGAACCUGUUGACGCCUCGGUCCUUUCACAACCAACGCUGCAAUCGAUCACCCCUGAACCAAUGCAUAUAUUCGACAUUCGGCGGUCUAAUUCUGUGAAGAAUCUGUGGAAGAAGUUUGAAUAUCAGCCCCAGUUAGAAGACCGUCAGAAUAAGAAUGAAAUCGGCGCCGGAUCUGCAACUACGGGCACUCCUCAGUCGAAGGAUCAAGAGAUAUCUAGCUCCAGUCGCGAGAAUCCUGGCCCUGCUACAACUGCUGAUCCAGAGCCGCUCUUAGCCGCUUUCGAGGUUGAGAUGGCCAAGAUCUUGAGUGCUACUGAAACCGUGCGUGACGGUAACGAUCAGCCUGAGCCUCCUGUUGAGACGCCAACAAGAAGGGGUUCGGAUCGACGUCAGUGUCCAAGCGAUGCCUUGUUACAGGCUCUACAAAACCUAGUGGACGGUGCCGAACUGAUCAGUGCUGGUGUGAGGUCGAGGCUGCCUGAAUUUGAGCGGCAGUUACAGAAUGUUCAACGCACUCUUCCUGAACAUGUUGGAUCUUCAGUGCAGGUAGCCCUCGCAGCUCUGGAUAGCCAGGCGAGGAGCCUGGUCCAAGCCCUCAAUAAUGCAUCGGCUGUGGGGGGACAAAGAGCAGGUAACCUUUUCCAAAAUGAACUUCCUACACCCGCUGCAACUAUGGAGGGUCUGCGUAACAUGGCAUCUGAACUUGGCAACAUGGGACACACGUUGUUUGAAGCCUUCGAAUCCGAGUUUAGAUGCAGUACCUCGAGAGACCAAGGUCAACAUGCUCCUGGAGAAAACACCCGGGGGCCUGUCUCCGGAUUGCCCCAGCCAACCGAGUCCGCCACUAGCGCCCCGGAAAAUAUUACGGCAACAAAAUCUGAAGCUCAACGGUCCGCAUACUGCGAAAACGCGAAAGAGCCACCCAGCACGGAGACACGGGAUGCUCCAUCGACACAUAUAGAAUCACGGCAAGGCUCACUCGGUGAAGAUAGAUGGCCUGCGUCUCAACUUAGGCGGAAUGACGACGGAGCACCGGCAAAUGAGGCAGUAAGCCACCCUGGACAUGAGUCGCCCUUUUCUUCCACACUUAGCGCUGCCGGAACGUCUUUAUUCAUUGGGAAUGUGGGAUUCGGCGUUCAUGAAGCAAUGAUCCACGAUGUUUUUGCUUCCAAGGGAUUCUUAGUCGAUGUAUAUUUGCCGCUAGAUGCGGAGACGGGAAGACAUGCAGGUUUCGGUUACCUGCAUUUCCCUUCCACUCAUGCAGCAAAUGCGGCAUUGGAUGCUUUGCAAGGAGCUCAUAUCGAUGGUCACUCAAUUAAUCUUGAGAUCAGUGAUCACUCCCCAAUCACAACACUGCACACAGCGCAAGGCCAGGAAGAGGCUUCUAACCAGCCAUCGGAGCUUCAGUCCUCUUCUAUUACACCGGCUGAAGCGAGGCAGGUGUCUGAAUCUCAAAUAAGCGGAGCACAACGUGACUCAACGAGUGACCGUAGAGUGGCACCCCUGGCCGUAGCGGACCUCUGCUCGGCCGAUAAUCGUCAUUUGAUGACUGAGACGUCUUCUAGCGAUAGCAGUUUGGUCAGCUCCUCGCUUUUAGACACGGAACGACUGAACACGCUAUAUCCUUCGCUCCUGCCAGAAGGUUCCCCUAGAGUGAGCAACGACUCAUCUACGCAACUCCCUGAUCCCAGCCGCGAGCUGGAGGGACGCCGGUUUCCACCGGUGUCACAACUAGAUGCGCACUUUCUGGCCGAACAGCGUGGCGCGGCAGAAUCAUCGAAUGACACGCCUACUCCUGGGCCCAGAUCGACUCCCAGGGGAUGUUUCGGUGGUGCGAGCCAUGGCAGUUCGAGUGGGUCCGCACCACGCAGCCUUCCCGGCGCAUUCCCGCAAGUCUCGCAAGAUAGUCUCCAACCAAGCCCAGGGACUGUGAGGUCCUCCCAUCCUUCUCGAAGACACUUGGGUCCGUGGGAUUCGGUACAAACAGACAAGGCUCCUGAUGCUUCCAGGCCAUUAAGGCGAAGAGCUACCGAACGCCAUUCCCUUCGGGAUAGCCGACAAAUAAGCUCAACAAGUACGUUCAAUAGGCCAUCACAUCGCAACAAUGCCACACCACGCCCAAGCACGUCUACUGCUGAGAGUGGCGCUGUACGGCAACGCAGUAUUGAUGACUGCGUGUCUGCGCUGGCCAGCUUAGGUUAUGGAAGCGCCGAAGAGGGCGGACUCCAGAGAAUUGCCGUGUAUGCAGCAGCAGUGGAUGGCAGGGUAUCCGAUGCCAUUGAGAUGAUUGAAGAAGAGCGCAAGGCUUAUGAACAAGGAUCAAGGAGGUGA